CCGUAGCUGGCGUCCCCAACAUGGCGGCUCCCCAAGAUGUCCACGUCCGGAUCUGUAACCAAGAGAUUGUCAAAUUUGACCUGGAGGUGAAGGCGCUUAUCCAGGAUAUUCGAGAUUGUUCAGGACCAUUAAGCGCAUUGACUGAACUGAAUACUAAAGUGAAAGAGAAAUUUCAACAGUUGCGCCACAGGAUACAGGAGCUUGAGCAGUCUGCGAAAGAGCAAGACAAAGAGUCCGAGAAGCAAGUUUUGCUCCAGGAAGUGGAGAAUCAUAAAAAGCAGAUGCUCAGCAAUCAGGCCUCCUGGAGGAAAGCCAAUCUCACUUGCAAGAUUGCUAUCGACAAUCUAGAGAAAGCAGAACUUCUCCAGGGAGGAGAUCUCUUGAGGCAAAGGAAAACCACCAAGGAGAGCCUGGCCCAGACGUCCAGCGCCAUCACAGAGAACCUCAUGGGAAUCAGCAGGAUGAUGUCCCAGCAGGUGCAGCAGAGCGAGGAAGCCAUGCAGUCACUAGUCAAUUCUUCACGGACUAUUCUGGAUGCAAAUGAAGAAUUUAAGUCCAUGUCGGGGACCAUCCAGUUGGGACGGAAGCUUAUCACAAAAUAUAACCGCCGAGAACUGACGGACAAACUUCUUAUUUUCCUAGCCCUGGCCCUUUUUCUUGCCACAGUUCUCUAUAUUGUCAAAAAGCGACUCUUUCCAUUUUUGUAAGAUCUAAGAGCUGCCAGCUUUUGCCCUUUAAGCUCUUGUGGUCAGGACCCAGCCCUGCUUCUUGAGUUCAGGGUGGGGUGGCCCCCCAGUCUGCUCCAGAAACUCCGCAAGUGGGAUGGAGACACAGCUACCCAGGUCACUGCAAGUGACUGGCUUGUAAACAGAAAGCCAGACGAGGAGAGGGAGGCCUGUCCUGGGGACUUCAAGAGCCGAUGGCACUCCUGGUGACUGAUGCGUGGGCUGGCAGGCUGGCCUCUGCGAUUCCAGGGUGCGCCUCUCUCCCUCUCCCUCUGUGGCCUGGAUGUCAGAUCUGGUGGAGGCAAGAGAAGAGGAGGCAAGAAGGAUGAUAAAAACUCAUGUUCAUUCCUUGAAUAAACCGGACCAUGUUUAAUAAGAUGAAGUGUAUUUGUUUUAUAAGAUGGCCCCCUGGAAAUGUGUGUAUCAGUUUUUGAUGUCCAGGUUUCUAGGCCACAGACUUAGUUUAUUUGUGCACUCAAAAAGAAUUACUAAGCAGCAGCCACAUGCAGCGUGUUACGGACCUGCCUGUGGUUGCAAACACACUGGUGAAGCAGCGUCAUUUCUCCUUAGAGGUGCAGAAAGAACAGGAUCCCACAGAAUCUUCUGAUAGGUAGUCAGGCAUGCUACCAUUGUGCUGCUGGCCCACCACCCCACA